UAAGGCAGCCGGCGCCGCUGCCCGGCGCAGAGCCGAGGAUGAAGCGGCGCAGCGAGCGGGGGGUCGCGCCGCCGCCGGGGGAGGGUCUCGCGGCCCAGGCUUCGCCGGGCGGGGCCGGAGACCCCCCUGGGGGCUCCCCGCGGCCCAGGCGGAGUUGGCCAUCCUGGUUAUUCAGAACCCUAAUUCUGCAUCUCUUCAUUAUUUAUGUUUCCAUACCAUUCCUUAUACGUCUCUUUCCUGCGCUGUUGGCCAAGUUUGUCUUUCUCAAUAUUGUGGCAUUUCCCUUUGUGGACUUUGGGAAGCCUGAAUUGCUGCUGAACCAUACUGUAAACUUCUAUCUCACAACCGAACCAGAGGUCACCAUUGGCGUCUGGCAUGUUUUGCCUGGCAGCAGGGGGAUAGAAGCUCAAGGGAAGGACCACAGCUGGUAUGAAGAAAGUCUUGCAGACAAUAAUCCCAUUAUAAUUUAUCUCCAUGGCAAUGGAGGUAACAGGGCUUCAGGGCACCGAGUUUCCUUGAUGAAGGUGAUGAGUGGUGCAGGCUUCCACAUACUGGCUCUUGACUACAGAGGGUAUGGGGACUCUAGCGGCUAUCCAAGUGAGACUGGAUUUACUACAGACGUCAUGUACCUCUAUGACUGGGUAAAAGCCCGGAGUGGAAAUAGCAGAGUGCUCAUCUGGGGACACUCCUUGGGUAGUGGAGUAGCAACAAAUGUUGCAAGGAAACUGCUUGAAGAAAAAGGCAUCCAGGUGGACUUGAUCGUUCUGGAAUCCUCAUUCACCAACAUUCGGGAGGCAGCAGCUAAUAUCCCCAUUACCAGAAUCUACCGUAAAUUCCCAGGAUUCGAGUACUUAAUCCUUGACUCAAUGGCGUUGGGUGACAUAUUUUUCCGUAAUGAUGAGAAUGUUAAAGUGCUGUCCAGUCCCCUUUUGAUUUUGCAUUCAGAAGAUGACCCUGUCUUGCCCAUGCACCUGGGUAGAAAGCUUGUUGAGAUUGCUCUCCACUCCUAUAAGAACAAAGACAAGGUCAAGUUUGUUGCCUUUCCAGAGAAGCUGGGCUUAGCCCAUGAAAACAUCUGUUCGGAUCCAGAACUGCCAGACAUUGUGAAAGACUUCCUGAAGAACAUCAAGUGAUACCAGCUACUGCAAUGUAUGUUAAUCACCAUGGGCACGCUUAGAGCUGCAGCCACAUCAUGGCAGAGACUUUCAACAAAACUACAAUAGAAAGUUGAUUUGAUUUUAAUCAGCAAAUGGACUAAACACAUUUGUGUAGACAGACCUGCUACUGGCAAAAUAGCUUCCCCCUGCCCUAAGCUGUACCCAGGUAGGGCAAAGAGUUUACUUUACACUAAACUUUGUUUUCUUCUUAAGAGCCCCUCUAUGGCUAUUUUUACAGACAUCACAGCUGUGAAGCUCCAAAUCGUGUAGUCAAGUUACUAGUCAGCACAGAAUUGGACUUUAUCUUAACACCUUAGUAGGAACAGGGUGCUUAAUAUCUGGAGUAUGACUAUGGGGUAGUGAUGAGGCCAGUGUUCAUAGAGGGCUGUCCAGUGGAGGGCUGGAAAGGAUCUGAGUGUUAAGGUGGGGAGGUAAU